AUGAUUGGACUGAAUUCAACAACCCGCACUCAUUUGCCAAUCAAUUUGGUUUUCACGGGCGAUUCAAGUGAAUCUCUUGUUUAUGAUAUUCUUCAACAAAAUGGGCUGCACGCAGGCCACCUCAUGCUUCAGUUGGCACGACAUUCGAGAUAUCGCGGUCCAUUUUUCGGUAGCCUUGCCUCCAAACGAACUCACACAAGUAGCUGUUCACUAAAGAUCGGUGUGUGCCACAUUGGCGUUUAUGCUGCAUCUUGUAGACGUGUCAAUGAGAUUCGAUGGUUUGUGUGUGAGCUCCAGUCGUUGGAUCCACAAAGUUUUCGGUAUGAUUAA